UCCGGGCACGAAGUGCAGAGCGGGCGUCCACAUGAUGCUGAUGUAAACACAACAUACGCCCCAUCUUCUUGCAAAAAGAGCAAACUGGCGAUAUUAAGCCUACUCGACCUUGUCUAAACCGAGAAAAUGCCUCAUGGCCUUCAUAUAUAAUAUGUACUAGUGCGUCUCUGGUGACACAAUGGACUUCUGCAUUAACGUAAAGGUGAAUUUCAGGGGGAAUUCCAAGAAUUUUCUCCUGUCGGGAUCCGAGACCAAGAGCUGGGACUCGAUGGAGGCCACGGUAAAGCGUUCUUUUGGCUUGUGCAGCCUUCAACUGACCUAUUUUGACGAAGAGAAUGAAGAGGUUUCCAUUAACAGCCAAGGAGAGUAUGAAGAAGCACUCAAGAGUGCUGCAAGGCAGGGGAAUCGACUGCACAUGAAUGUGUAUGAGACCCGUGGCCAACCAGCAAGGAUAUCCAUUGGCAAGGCUAGUGCAGAGCCAAAACGGGGCUUUAGACCCCCUCAGCACUGUGCUGCUCUUGCCCAGGUGGUCAGUCGCAAGAUUCAGGCAGGGGUGCCAGAGCAGGGCAUGGAGAUCAUGAAAGAAGUGAAAGGGACAAAAGAAGAAGACAAGACUCCUCCUCCAUGGUUCACCUCUUACAUGGAGAAGUUCAAGGACCAGGUGGUCCGUGAGGCUGUGGAGAAAAUUUGCAGGGAGUUCUCUGGACAAUGCUGCAUCCACAAGCCCCUGAGUGGAGUAGGGACAAGUAGAGAGGAUAUAGUAGCAGGGCCUGCGGUGGUGCCUGAGGUUUCUUCCUCUACCCUGCCCGGAGCGCCCUCCUCUUCCACUCUUCCCUGCUCCUCAUGCAGGGGACAGACAACAGGUGGAGGCUACCAAUGCAGCGUGUGUACAUCUUGUACUCUGUGUGAGCCUUGCAGUUUCUCUCAUGAUCCUAGUCACAAUUUGGUGAGGGCCAGAACGCCUCUCUCCAUACCAGAACAUGGAUCACCUGCCCCGGACCACAGCAGGUUCUACAGACGAGGUGACCGUAGCUUCCGGAAAGCUGAAAAGCAGCGUCUCAAAGCAGAAAAGCGCCUGUUGAAGGCUGAAGUGAAAGAAAUCCGUAAACAGUUAAGGAUGGAGAGACGUGGCAUACAGUGGAGCUCCUCACAGAGAGAUGGAAGUUCUUCUCCUGUGCUUCUUCAGCCUCGAGCCACCCAGCACAACAGCCCAGAGAGACCAAAGCGUCCCUGUCCGCUGAUGGUUCCAACCAUGACGGCGACAUUUCUAGAUGAAAACCUUCCCGAUGGCACCCGUCUGCGUCCUGGAACCAAGUUCAUCAAGUAUUGGAAGAUGAGGAACGCAGGAACAAUGAGUUGGAGUGCUGAUACAAAGCUGAAGUUUAUGUGGGGAAACCUGGCUGUGGGCUCCGGGGAUCAUUGGAGAGAAGUAUCUGUUCCUUUUCUUCAGCCUGGACAGGUUGGCAUUGUGAGUGUAGCAUUAUGUGCACCGUCUGUGGAGGGUUCCUACACUUCCCAUUGGCGCCUUGCUCAUAAUGGAGAGCAAUUCGGACCCAGGGUUUGGUGCAGCAUUGUGGUUGACCCGAUGGCCCCUGCCGCUAUGAUGGCGGAUGGGAUACUUGUGUCACCAUGUGUCACACCACAGCAGGGUAAAAACCCAAUUCUAAAGGAAGGAAAAGCAAGUACAUCCUCUCGAAAGCAGCCUCCAGUUUCAGUUGACAGUGGAGAAGAAUAUUACAUACCCUCUGUGGACCUGCUCACUGCACAGGAUCUUCUGUCUUUUGAGUUGCUAGACAUCAACAUUGUCCAAGAGUUGGAGAGUGUCCCGAAUAACACCCCUGCUGACAUGACUCCCUGCAUCUCCCCUCUUCCUCAAGAUGGCCACCAGCAGGACAAAAGUACCCCUUCAUUGGGGCUGAUCCAAGAAGAGACCGAAAUCAUCAAUAGCAUAUUGGAUGUAUCUCAUGGGGUGGGUUCUGGUGCAGAGGAUAGUGGAAUACCAGCACAAGAGGAGGGGGAGGAAGACAUCAGUGGCACUCAGUUUGUUUGUGAGACUGUGAUUCGAUCCAUGACCUUGGAGGAAGCACCCGACCACACCUUGGUGAGAGGAUCCUGCUCCGGACCAGUGUUACGCCCGGCACUUCAGAUUGGCUCCUGUGUGGAAAGUAAAGGGGUGAAAACUGAGGAUAUCUUAGACAUUUCCCACAACCCUUUAAAACCACCGGCGAUGCUUAAGUCUUCCCUCCCAUCCCCUCUGAAAGCCUCCCUACCAGCUCCUCUGUCUAUGGUCCCAGCUGAGAUGGCUGGCUCCAGUUCAGUUUCUAAAACACUCGACAUGCCAUUGAUGGCCUCCACACUGCAGCCAUCCACCACCAUAAGUGAAGGCGAGGUUCCGCACAUUGACUGUGCUGGUAUCCAGUCCAAAAGAAGGGACAGUGAGAAAGAUUCAGAGGUGAAAGAUGGUUUGAAAACAAAAGAGAGGACGAGGCGUCGCUUAUCCUCUACCUCCUCAGAGGAAUAUAUCAUCAUCCUUCCUGACUGCUUUGACACCAGCCGACCACUGGGGGAGUCCAUGUACAGCUCUGCUCUGUCUCAACCUGGUGACCUUUCACCUAGUGCACCCGCAGACCCAGAAACCCUUACCUGUGAGCACUUGGGGAGUACAUCCCAGGAAGAGGGCAAGGCGCAUGACAUCACGGUGGUUUUUGGUACAGGGACAUUGGGCAACAGCAGUGCUAACGACAUGCUUUGCACAUCUCAGACACUAGAUGAUGAGCCAUUGACACCUGAGGUGGUGGCACCGCCUCCAGCCAUCCUUACACCAAGUCCAGAGAAUCCUGGAGAAGCAGCAGUGGACAAUUUUGCUGCAAGAGAGGAAAUAGACCACUCUGAACUGAAUCAAUCUGAGGAUGCCUCAGGUGCUGAAACGAAACAGUCAACAUUAGAAACCACUGCAGACACUGAAGUAGACUGCUCAGAGGAUCCCAGACACCCAAGUGUUACCAGUGACCUGGUUAAAGGAGCUUUGUCUGUAGCUGCUUCUGCUUACAAAGCUUUGUUUACUGGACAUGUUCCGACACAGCCUCCAGUAGACGAGUCCACACAAGAAACUAUGAUGGCCGUGCUUAUAGAGAUGGGAUUUGGGGACAGACCACUCAACCAGCAGCUGCUUAAAAAACAUAACUACAACCUGCUAGAUGUCGUCAAUGAGCUUGUUCACCUGACCGACAAUGACUGGUAUUCUACACGCUAUUGACCAGGGAGACAAUUGUAGAAAAAUUAUAUGGGCUUAAAAGAAUGCAAAACAGAAAUACAAAAAGUGGGGGUGUGGGUAGAAAACAUGUCGUACCUAUUGUCGUAUAUCAGACAAAAAACAUUCAACCAGACUCAGAUCUUUUACACCGCACAAUUAUUUCUCAUAAGACUAAAGAAUAAUAAAAGAAUAAAACCUAAAAUACCUAAAUCUAAACAACCCUACUUACAAAAUGGAAAUCAUCAUAGCAAAAAAUCAGACAGAGGCUUCACCCUGGUGUCUGUUUGUGAAGAAAUUUGAGGGCACUAGGUAGCCAAUAAACCCAUCUUAAAUAGAUACCGAGUGUCCAGACCUGUAAUUUCUGUAUGUAUUUGUCUUAUUUGGCAGUCAUUUGUUUUCUCAGUCUCAUAUUCUGUCUCCACUCCACCCUCAUUUUUUUCAGAGCGUUUUAUUCCUUUUUUUUGGGGGGGGGAACUUAUUUUAGCUUUUGGACUUGAGAAAGCAUAAAAACUAAAGACUGGGAAACUAUAAAAAGCAGACGUCAUGGAGUUUUGUCCUUUGAAAAUAAAAAUAGGAAAUGGAAGUUUAUAUUUUGAAAAAAAAAAAAAAAAAAAAAAAAACCCAUACACCAGGACCGGGAAUUGAGAAUUUAGCGAUUCACUGAUCAUAAUUGAUACGCCUAACCAAACUGAUUCCUUUUUGAUUUCCCUAUUGAUUCAUUGGAUGAGGGAAUAAAAUAACAUCUUCUUCUUCUUCUUCUUCUUUUCCUUUCGGCUUGUCCCGUUAGGGGUCGCCACAGCGUGUCAUCUUUUGCCAUCUUAGCCUAUCUCCUGCAUCUUCCUCUCUAACCCCAACUGCCCUCAUGUCUUCCCUCACCACAUCCAUAAACCUUCUCUUUGGUCUUCCUCUCGCUCUUUUGCCUGGGAGCUCCAUCCUCAGCAUCCUUCUACCAAUAUACUCACUCUCUCGCCUCUGAACAUGUCCAAACCAUCGAAGUCUGCUCUCUCGAAUCUUGUCUCCAAAACAUCCAGCUUUGGCUGUCCCUCUAAUGAGCUCAUU